AUGCAGCUGUUGAUCUUCACCGCCAUCGUGACCUUUGCAUUUGCUGAACAAUGCGCCGAUCCCCAUGCAGCACCUACAGGGACUUCAUCUCUACUACAGCAGGCACAUGCAACGCAGGCGCAGCAGCCUCGUACGCUCUUUCGGGAGCACAGCAUGUCGAACCUGGAAAUGCAGAGUUCCUCCACUGCUUCAGGAUUCUUGUCGAUCCUUGUGUCGUCUUUGAAGGCGAUUGGUGUUGCAGCAUCCGUCAUUGCUGUGGGGGUAGUGGCUACCCGGCAGGGCAUCAUUACCCUGGCAGUGCGAAAGGCCAUGGGCGAGAUCACAAUGAAGCUCGCCAUUCCGGCCCUUUUGUUCUCGCGCAUCCUCUACUGUGACCAGUGCAACACGGGUGGGAAUCAGUGUGCUCCCUGCCAGCCUUUCGUGGGCAUUAUCAUGAGCAGCUGGAUCCUCUUUCUCCUACCCAUGGCUGUUGUAGGACUUGGCGUACUUUUGGGGAAAGCGGCAGCAAUGCUAACGUCUGCACCGAGCGAUUUCUCACGGGGAACCGUUUGUGCUGUGGCCUUUGGCAAUUCAACAGGGUUGCCAAUUGUUCUAUUGUCAGUGAUAUCAUUGGGCAGCCCAGCCUCAGGGAACAUGGGCCAGAUCGACCCGCUUCUGCGCCUUCCAGUUUACUUGAUGUUAUACCCUGUCCUUCAGUGGGGCGUCGGCCGCUCACUUCUGAACCAAGGAGAGGGCUCAGACAAGCCAGGCGAAAGUCUUGGCCUUCGCGCCAUGAUAGAGCAGGCGCUGGUGCCUCCUGUCAUUGCUGCGAUCCUUGGUUUGGUCAUUGGCUUGUCACCGGUCAGGGCUUGGAUGGUGGAUGUCUUCGACCAGGACAACGAUGCGCCCCUGACGUGGUUGUACGAUGGCAUCUACAAGCUUGGGGAUGCGGCAGUGCCUCUGAACCUUCUUGUUUUGGGCAGUGCUCUUUCCAAAGGGGCCAACUUCGAAGCUCUUCCGAUCAGGCUGGGAGUUGCUAUCGUCCUCUGCAAGUUGGUGUUCAUGCCGCUCUGCAUGAGUGCCAUCGUCUAUGGGCUCAUCCGCAUUGGGCCCAAAGAUCCCUCCUUGUGGCUUGUUGCUCUCAUCGUCAGCUGCACACCGACAGCCAACAAUGUCGCAGUGAUGGCCGAAUCAGGUGGGCAGAACAAGGAUGCCAUGUCUACAGCCAUCUUCUUGCAGUACUUAGUUGCCCCCUUCUGCGUUGCGACCUCAAUUGCAUAUUUCAAUCUGCUCCUCUCCUCCAGUUGGUACUUGCCAGCUGUGUAG